GGGGUGUCUCCUAUAGGAGCUGGAGGUGUCCCCUAUAGGAGCUGGGGGUGUCCUGUAUAGGGGCUGUGCUGUAUUUGGGGUGUCCCCUGUAGGGCCUGGGGGUGUCCCCUAUAGGGCCGGGCCCUCCCAGGUCUCUCCCCCUACAGAUGCUGCCGCUGCUGCUCCUGGUGCUGAGCGCGGCCCCCGCCCGUGGCACCGUCCACACCAACCUCACCGAAGGGUGCCAGAUCAUCCACCCGCCGCGGGACGGGGGGAUCCGCUACCGGGGCCUGACCCCCGAGGAGGUGCAGAGCGUGCGGUUCCUGCCCUUCGACUACGAGAUCGAGUACGUGUGCCGGCCCGACCGCGAGAUCGUGGGGCCCAAGGUGCGCAAGUGCCAGCGCGACGGCACCUGGACGGCCAUGGCACACCCCAGCCGCUGCCUGCGGACGUGCCCCCGGAUGCACCUGAGCCUGGAGAACGGGCGGGUGGUGCCGCGGGGGCUGGAGCGGGUGCCGGUGGAGGGCACGUGGGCCGAGUACAGCUGCGAGCCGGGGUUCCGCCUGGUGGGCAGCGCCCGCAGCAACUGCACCAAACUGGGCCGCUGGAGCCACCCCAAACCCGUCUGCGAGCUUCGUCGCUCCCCCUCAGGUGAGUCUGUCCCCUCCCCUCACCCUGAGCCCUCCCCUCUCACCCCCCCCGGGACUCCCCCAAACCCUGCCCUGGGGGGUGGAGACCCCCAGAGGCCCCCCCCCAACCCCCUUUGACACCCCCUGGGACAC